GAAAGAUAGAGUGAUCAGUCGGCGGGUGGGAGAAGAUGGAAGAGACGCUGCCGACACCGCCCGCGACUCCGGCUGACGGUCGAGAGGCUCGCUCGGAAGCUGAGCUCGUCCAGGCCAUUGACGAGCUGCUGGAGCGAUACCUCCAUCUGCUGGACGAGCAGCAGAAGCUCCAGGAAGCCAUAGGAAGGCAGUUUGCAAGCGGCUUUUUCUCUCUUGCUCGAGCGAACCAUGCAUGUCCUCCCGGCCGGCGCUAUGGGGAAGACUACUACGACGAACGGAUGAAAGCAACCAGACAGGUAGAAAUUACAAUGACCGCUCCCACAGACGGGUUGCAUGCGUCUCUGGACGAGUCCUCCGCCCCCGCAUUCAAGACAGUGACUAUCGAAACGAAGCCCGACUCUAGCAGAGACAAAGACGCCAAAGAAGGCACAGACAAGCCGUCUGAAGACGAGGACGAGGACCAUGCACAGACACCGACAGAGACAGAGACAAAGGAGGCAAAGACAAAGACUAAGAGCAAGGGCAAGACCACGUCCAACCCGCUGCACUGGUUCGGGAUUCUGGUGCCUCCUCCGUUGAGGAACGCCCAGGAGGCUUUCGUUGGUGCUGUGGCUGACCCGAUUCCAGCGCUAGCGGGUGUUGUCAGUGAGAUGAGAGAGGUCGAGCACAAGGUUGAAGGUUUGCGACAGCUGCUCCGCAUAAAAUAGCUAAAUGAUACGUCAGAGAUUGUUGCCUGAGCGUUUGUUUACAUUUUCCCCCUUUCGUCCGUGACAGGCGGAUCUAGAUGGCUUCAGCACUCGAUGAAUCAACAUCUUGUUCUAACCAGAUGACUGGAAUUCUAUGUCUAAAAACUAGUAGUAUCCAAGCUAAGGAGGACAAAGCUGGGGGUAAGAAGCUCCGCGCUGGCGGGCCAUUAGAAUUAAAAAAACGGUGUAUGGGGAAAUAUAAGGAUGCCUAACCGUCAAGCAAUCAAUGCUUGCGAGUGUUUUAUGUUUGAUGCAAAGGGGUAAAACCGAGUAAUAAAAAAGAAUAGCAGCCAAAUAAGCAGAAGAGUAACGAAAUGAUCAAGUAAGAAUGGGGAAUUUGAUAGAUGCAAAAGUGCAACAAGUGCUGGUAUAAAGAACGAUGCCAAAACGAACCAAACAAACGGGUAUGCAGAACAAAAGAAACAGAGCAAGAAUGUAGGGAUAUCGAGUAUCAGGUAUCAAAGUAGCGAGUAGCGAGUAUCAGAAUGGAUGUCAGUUAUCAGUCUCAAUGGACUGGCUGAGCAAGAGCCUGCGGCGACUUGUAGGCACUCGGCCAGAUGUCUUCGUCGUAGUAGCUGCGCCGGCGGGUGCGUUUCGGGCCUCUGCCCUUGCGGAACGGCGUCACAUUCGGGCUGAGCAUCUCCCAGACGGCGUCGUCUUCUUCGAUGCGAGGAAUCGUCCGCGGCGUCAUGAAGGCCAUGCCGAUGCUCGCUGGGCUUGCGGUGCCCCA